AUGCUGCCCACCCCCUUCUCGGUGAAGGACAUCCUCAACCUGGAGCGGACGGACACUGCCGGGGCGCCCCUCGCCCCCCGCAGCCCCGACGGGGGGAACGAGCCGCCUGCAGGACAACGUUUGCUCACCCACCCUCUUGAGGCAGAGGAGCAGAAAGGUGACCCCUGCCACCACCCCCAGCAGCGGCAGAGGAGAAAGCCCCGAGUUCUGUUCUCCCAAGCUCAGGUCUUUGAACUGGAGCGACAAUUCAAGCAGCAGAAAUACCUCUCUGCUCCGGAGAGGGAGCAUCUCGCCCGCACGCUCAAGCUCACCUCCACCCAGGUGAAGAUCUGGUUCCAGAACCGCAGGUACAAGUGCAAAAGGCAAAGGCAGGAUAAAUCCCUGGAGCUGGCUGCCCACCCGCUGCCUGCCCGCAGGGUGGCAGUGCCCGUGGUGCUGGUCAGGGACGGCAAACCCUGUCUUGGGGGCUCCCAGCCUUACCCAGCCCCGUACAGCGCCAGCCCUUACUCCUACAGCUCUUACUACAGUGCCUAUAGCAGCAGCCUGUAUGGUGGUAGCUAUGGGGGGGGCUAUGCUGCGGUGCCCCCCAAUGCCACCCCCAGCAGCCACACUGUGAAUGGGAGUGUGGGCAUGGCCAGCGCAGCUCAGCACCAGCCCCUGUGCUUGCAAGCUAUGGGACAAGUGGGAAUCAGGGCUUGGUAG